AUGGCGGACAGCGUAAUAAAACCAUUCCUUUGUGAGAAUGUGGAGAAGGCGUUACUUCGAGAUGAAUGGGAGAAGUGGCUCCGAGCUUUCAACAUAUACCUACAGGUGGAAAGCGUCAACUCGAAUUUCAAGCGCAUAAAUAUACAUCGAAUUGAAGAUUCAAACCAAGAGGGUAACGAGACAAAGCGGGAACAUUGCUUAAAAAUACACAGUGACGAGGAACAUGAAGAAUUGAUUACAUGCCAAAUUGGAGGCGAGAACGUUUCAUUAAUAAUCGAUUCCGGCUCCCGGUUCAACCUGAUCUCGCAAGACGAUUGGUUUGUUUUAAAAACAAAGAAUGCAGCAGUUUUCAAUGUUCGCGCGAAUGCGCAUAAUCAGUUUAAGGGAUAUGCCUCGGACGAAAUUUUAAAUGUUAUUUGUGUCUUUGAGGCACCAAUAGCGAUCAAGGAUAAUCCGGAACAAAUUGCAUCAUUUUUCGUCAUUGAAAAAGGACGGCAGUCAUUGCUUGGAAGGGAAACGGCUACAAAGCUAAAUGUUCUCCGAAUGGGGUUACCGGUUAAUCACAUUGAAAUCAUAGCGCCGUUCCCAAAAUGGAAAAGCGUUAGCGUUAAGCUAACAAUAGAUCCGGAUAUUGACCCCGUAAAACAACCAAUGAGGCGAAUUCCGGUGGCGUUGGAAGACAAGGUGAAUGCUAAGUUAGAAGAAGCACACCGCAUGGACAUUAUUGAACCGGUGAGUGGUCACAGUCCUUGGAUCUCCCCGAUGGUAAUUGCGUUUAAGCCGAAUGGCGACAUUCGACUAUGUCUGGAUAUGCGACAGGCCAACCGAGCCAUUCUUCGUGAAAACUAUCCUCUGCCUACGUUCGAAUCCUUUAUGACUAAAUUACGAAAUGCCAAAUUAUUUUCACGAUUGGAUCUAAAGGACGCAUAUCACCAGUUGGAACUAGACGAAGCAAGUAGACCGAUUACCACUUUCAUCACACCUCGAGGACUGUUCAGAUACAAGCGAUUGAUGUUUGGCAUAAACGCGGCGCCUGAAAUCUUCCAAAGACGGCUCGAGGAACUUCUUUCAUCGUGCGAGAACGUAAUGAAUUAUAUCGACGACGUAAUAAUUUUUGGAAAUAGCGAACAGGAACAUGAUGCUGCAGUCAAAAAGGUUCGUAAGGUCUUCAAAGAAUAUAAUAUACUCCUAAACGAUGAGAAGUGCAUUUGGAAGACGACCAAAAUCAAAUUCUUGGGACACAUCUUAACGAAUACAGGGAUAAUGGCUGAUCCUGAGAAAAUAGCUGCUAUCGGUUCCUUUCGAGCACCCAAAAAUAAAGAAGAGACGCGGAGUUUCCUUGGCUUGGUCACUUACGUGGGUAAAUUUAUUCCAGACCUGGCCGAUUUGACUGAACCACUGCGUGGGUUGUUAAAAAAGGAUGAGAAGUUCAUCUGGGGACCAGUUCAAGACCAGGGGUUUCAAAAACUCAAGUCAGCAUUAGCUAAAAUCCCAAGUCUCUCAUAUUUUGACCCCAACAAUAAAACUAGAGUGAUAGCAGAUGCUAGCCCUGUAGCUUUGGGGGCAGUAUUAUUACAAUUUAACAAUGAUCACGAGCCAAAAAUAAUUGAAUUUGCUAGUCGAAGCUUAACCGAUGUGGAGAAACGAUACUCCCAAACGGAGAAAGAAAGUUUGGCUUUGGUCUGGGCAGUAGAAAGAUAUUAUUUUUACUUACUGGGACUGGAGUUUGAAUUAGUGACGGACCAUAAGCCUCUGGAGACAAUUUUUAAACCAACAUCAAAACCGCCGGCACGGAUUGAAAGAUGGCUGUUGCGCCUCCAGGCGUAUAAAUUUAAAGUUAUAUACAAAUCCGGGAAGGAAAAUAUUGCUGACAGUUUAUCACGGCUGUGUGAACAGGCAUCAUCAGAGUGUUACGAUAUCAAGGGCGAGCACAGCAUACUCUUGAUAAUCAAAAAUGCGGUACCCACGUCGAUUGAGAUAUCUGAGUUGGCCGAGAAGAGCAUUCAUGACGAAGAAAUCGUUGACGCAAUGAUGUGCCUCCAACAGGGUUCUUGGAACUCUGCACUUUCAAGUAAACUGUACCCAUUCCGACACGAAUUAUCAACGGUGGGAACAAUUAUGUUGAGGGGAGUACGCAUUGUUAUUCCAUCAAAGCUAAGGCAGAAAGUGUUGACGUUGGCACACGAAGGCCAUCCAGGCGAAUCGGCAAUGAAGCGGCGAUUAAGAGCCAAAGUGUGGUGGCCCCAAAUAGACAAAGACGCCGAAAGAUUUGUAAAGGACUGCAUGGAUUGUACUCUGGUUUCUCGAGCAGCAAAUCCGCCGCCGAUGAAGAGAACUGAAUUUCCGAACGGUCCGUGGCUUGCAGUGGCAACAGACUUGCUAGGGCCAUUGCCGAAUAACGAAUACAUCUUAGUCCUAAUCGAUUAUUAUUCAAGAUAUAUGGAAUUUAAGUUCUUGCGAUCUAUUACAUCGGAGUCGCUUAUUGACGCGUGUAAAGAAAUUUUCUGUAGACUUGGGUACCCAAAACAGCUGCGAACGGAUAACGGUCGACAGUACGUAAGCGCUGAGUUCCGACACUAUUGCAAAUUAUGCGGGAUUGAACAAAUCACGACGCCUCCUUAUUGGCCACAGGCCAAUGGCGAGGUAGAAAAUAUGAAUAAAGCGCUCGUCAAACGUCUGAAAAUUGCCCAUCUGCACAAGAGGAAUCUGAAGGAUGAGAUUCGAUCGUUCACGUUCAUGUAUAACGUCACUCCUCAUGGAACUACAGGCACAGCUCCAACUGAGUUAAUGUUUAAUCGAGUCAUUCGAGAUAAGAUCCCAGGGGUACAAGAUUUGGUAGGCGAAUUUUCUGAUUCAGCGGAAAAAGAUAGAGACUGUAUCGUUAAGCAAAAGGGAAAGGAAGUUGCAGACAAAAGAAGGGGAGCAAGAGAAGCGGAUAUCAGAGUAGGAGACAAAGUGGUCCUUAAAAAUGUAGUUUUUCCCCACAAGCUUACUCCGAACUUCGACACUACUGAAUAUGAAGUGGUGGAGAGGAAAGGAAAUAUAGUGAAAGUAAAAGGGGAGGGCCGAACCCUUAUGAGGAAUGUAAGUCAUCUUAAAAAGUUUCCGAAACAGAGUACACCGUCCGAUGCGCCUAACAUUGACCCCUUACCUAUGCUUGAUGCGGGUCAGUCUCUGGAUCCUGGGACACCACCAAGCUUGCCGACCCCGGAAGAGAACGAGACACACGACAUGGAUGCCCUGAAGCUGAAGCUGGUGAGGAAGGAAGGGAUGUGGGAACCAGCACCACGAUGCUGA